CUGUGGAUAGACUAUGAUCAGCCAAGCUAAUAUCUUUAUAGCACCUGAAACUGUAGUAGUGAAAUACAACAGACCUUUCUGAGUUUUUUUAGCCGCGACGCGCGUGGCGGAGCGUUAUUCUUUUUCCGCCCUGCGCGGACAUUGCGCGCGUACUUUCCCAAUGCGUGCCAAGGGAUUCGGUUCUAGUCUCUCGCAUCUGCAUAAAUCCAAAAUGGAGGACGAAGAUAAGGGCUUUCUCGAAGGCGUGCUUGAAGAAGAAGGCAAGACGAAUGGAAGUGUUCUGUUGUCUUACGUGAAUGUUCUUGGUGGUGCAGCCAGUAAAGUGAAGAACAUGGCAGAUGUUGAUGUAUGGCCCGAUGUACAGCGUGUUAAUCGUCUUGUAGAUGUGUGGACCGUUGUGGGUUAUUGUUUUGGCACGUUCACAGUUAUGGGUACAUUAUAUUUCUCACUGAAGACGUACAGGGAAAUGUUUCAGUGGAGAGCAUGGGUGAAGUUGAGAAGGAACAGAGUCUUCAAAAAGGGAAGCAAUUAAUAGAAUUUAUUGUCGACUGCAAAGACGGCGGCAAAAUGUUCAAAUUAAUCGUCCAGCCCAGGUGUGUGUUUGAGUGGAGUGUUUUGUAAACACACUGACGUUUGGUUGAACUGAAGAAAAGUAGGCUUAACGUAUGUUUCAUGGAGGUAGGAGACUGUUUUUUUAAUGAAAUGGAUGACCUGUUCACAAAAAGGAACAACAAAGAAGAAAGAGAAAUUGGAUUUCUUGUACUACAGAAUAUGUUUUUUUUGACGUUUAACUUGGGAAUUUUACUUCAACGAAUGACAAUACAUGUCACUCAAUGCAUCACCACUAA